ACGAGAACUUCAAGUAGUGGCAAAGCACGAACCUCCAUUAAAGUUAAGUUAGCAUCACAAUCCAACUCUAUAUCACGCAAAAUCUUUACCUUCAUUCCCCGUUACUCCCAACUUUCCUUCAUAUCAAUAAACCAAGUUCGCAAAAUCACAAGUUUCGCUCGCACCAACAUCAAAACGACACCGCCAGUGUAACCCUUCGUCGUCGUUUAACGCUUUCGAAGCUUCGUUCUGAGAUCGAUGGAGUUCGACCCGAUCCCGUUCGGUUCGUGCUCCAAAGAGUACCAGUCAAUCUACCAGGACUGGUUCAAUUUUGCUGAUUCAGAUAACGAUGGUCGCAUUACUGGGAAUGAUGCCACCAAGUUUUUCGCCAUGUCCAACUUGUCUCGCCAAGAUCUUAAGCAGGUGUGGGCUAUUGCAGAUUCAAGACGACAAGGAUAUCUUGGUUUCCAAGAGUUUAUAAUUGCUAUGCAGGUAGUUUCUUUGGCACAAUCUGGGCACCCUGUAACACAUGAUCUGCUGAGUAGUGAUGUUGAUUUGAAAAAUCUGAAACCUCCCACAAUGGAGGGUUUGGAUGCAUUACUAGCUAAGAAAAAGCAUAAACAAAAAGAUGUAGAUGUAAAUGGUAGUUCUCAAUUGCAGCCAUCACCAUCAAGUAAUUGGUUUUCUUCGAAGUCAACCAAAAAGGUUCCCCUUUCCUCCGUGACAUCAAUAAUUGACGGCUUGAAGAGACUCUACAUUCAGAAAUUGAAGCCAUUAGAAGUUACUUACCGUUUUAAUGAUUUUGUAUCCCCAUUAUUGACAAAUAGUGAUUUUGAUGCCAAACCAAUGGUUAUGCUUUUGGGUCAGUACUCAACCGGUAAAACAACAUUUAUCAAACAUCUGCUUAAAAGUAGUUAUCCAGGAGCACAUAUUGGACCUGAGCCUACAACUGAUAGGUUUGUUGUUGUUAUGUCUGGACCUGAUGAGAGAAGUGUUCCUGGAAAUACUGUUGCUGUCCAAGCAGACAUGCCAUUUAGUGGUCUUACAACUUUUGGCACAGCCUUUUUGUCAAAGUUUGAGUGUUCACAAAUGCCUCAUCCUCUACUGGAGCACAUUACAUUUGUGGACAGUCCUGGAGUUCUAUCUGGAGAAAAGCAACGGACACAAAGAGCAUAUGACUUUACGGGUGUAACGUCUUGGUUUGCUUCUAAGUGUGAUUUGAUACUCCUUCUCUUUGAUCCUCACAAACUUGAUAUCAGUGAUGAGUUCAAUCGUGUGAUAUCAUCCUUACGGGGGCAUGAUGAUAAAAUUCGAGUGGUUUUGAACAAGGCAGACCAAGUUGAUACUCAACAACUGAUGAGGGUUUAUGGAGCUUUAAUGUGGUCACUUGGGAAGGUGCUGAAUACACCUGAAGUCAGUCGUGUGUAUAUUGGCUCCUUCAACGACAAACCUGUAAAUGAUGCUGUCAGUGGUCCAAUUGGUAAGGAACUCUUUGAAAAAGAACAGGAAGACCUUCUUUCAGAUCUGAAAGAUAUACCAAAAGCCGCUUGUGAUCGAAGAAUCAAUGAAUUUGUAAAACGAGCACGAGCAGCCAAGAUUCACGCUUACAUUAUCAGUCAUCUUAAAAAGGAGAUGCCUGCAAUGAUGGGCAAAGCUAAAGCACAGCAAAAGCUCAUUGAUAAUUUGGCAGGUGAAUUUGGAAAGGUACAAAGAGAGUUCCAUUUGCCUCCUGGUGACUUCCCAAAUCUGGAGCAUUUCAGGGAGGUCUUGGGUGGUUACAAUUUUGACAAGUUUGAGAAAUUGAAACCAAAAAUGGUACAAGCAGUUGAUGACAUGCUAGCUUACGACAUUCCUAACCUCUUGAAGAACUUCAGGAAUCCCUAUGACUAAAACUAUGUGCCCUUGAACCAGUGACAUUAUUAGUAGACUAGCUCGAGUACUUUGUAGCAUAACAUUUUACAGGGUUCUUAUGUAAUGUGUGCCAUUCUGUGCCUGUUCUUCUAUAGUAGGGAGCUUUAUCGUUCAAUAUCUUUAUUUUGUAUUCAUUUACAUUUUUACACCAAUAAUAAAGUGUCAAGACAUAAAAUAAUAGGAUAUCAGAA